AGAAGAGAGAGGUAACAUUUAUAGUAUUUGUCUAUAAAAGCAACUAUUCCUUUUGAUCUCAUAAGAAUCAGUAACAAACUUUUAGAGAAAAGGUUUGGUCGACUUUGACAAUGGAAGAUGCAGGGGAGAAAAUUAGGGAGAUGGCAAAUGAACACAGUUCAAGGUUUAAGAGCAUUUGCGUCUUCUGUGGGAGUAGCAAUGGCAAGAAAGCUAGUUAUCAAGAUGCAGCCAUUGAUUUAGGCAAAGAAUUGGUGGCGAAGAACAUUGAUCUUGUGUACGGUGGAGGGAGCAUAGGUUUGAUGGGUUUGGUCUCUCAAGCUGUUCAUGAUGGUGGUCGUCAUGUUAUUGGAGUCAUCCCAAAGCUCCUCAUGGUGCAAGAGAUUACUGGAGAGACAAUAGGAGAAGUGAGGGAAGUUGCAGAUAUGCAUCAGCGGAAAGCUGAGAUGGCUAAGCAUUCUGAUGCAUUCAUUGCUUUGCCUGGUGGCUCUGGUACACUAGAGGAGCUACUUGAAGUGAUAACUUGGGCACAACUUGGAAUCCAUGAUAAACCGGUUGGUUUAUUAAAUGUUGAUGGAUAUUACAAUGCUUUGCUAUCAUUCAUCGACAAAGCUGUCGAAGAAGGCUUUAUUCUUCCAGCCGCUCGACAUAUCAUCGUAUCCGCGCCAACCGCAAAAGAGUUGUUUGAGAAAUUAGAGGAAUACGUGCCUCAACAUAACAAGUAGACACAUCAAAUUUGAGUUCCGAGACUAUUCAUAUAUAAUGAAACGUCUUAGCAAAAGAAAAUAUAUAAUGAAACGUCUUAAAAAGUUGAUAUUUUCCGAUGCUUCACGAUUGGUCAUUUCUUAUUAAAUCAAAGUUCUGAUUGAACUAGAGAGUAUAAAAUGUAAAUAUGUUUUCUGAAUUUGAUUCACGUAACUUACGCAGUUACGCUUCAUGCUUUGUAAUAUGCUAGUAUAAA